AUGGAAAACGACGUUCUCACGACGCUGAAGAUCUUGAUUGUUGGCGAAAGUGGAGUUGGAAAAUCUAGGUAAGCUGAUAGGGUUAUUACAGAUAAGUUCCAUGUUUUAAACAUGGAACUUAUCUGUAAUAAUAACCUAAUAGGUUAUUUGCCUCAGACAACCGUUUAUGUAAGCUUAUCACUCAUUCCAGUGGUUAAGGAUGCAGAGUCCAGCUUUAUAGGUUUUAUACAUAAUUUUUACGUAGAAACGGGCACGAAUUUUUAUGAAAGUAAUCUCUAUAGAGGUGCAGUGUUACAUGUAAGCCCUGUAGGAAAAAUUGAACAUAUAAUUUUAAGAUAAAGCUAUAGUUUACUUUUAAAUUAUGUUAAGGAUUUGUUUUAAAUGGCUGUUAAAUUGAUGAUUGCAAAAUUCUUCAACUAAAUUUUAUGCAGCCUACUCCUGAGGUUCACUGACGACACGUUUGAUCCUGAUAUUGGAGCCACAAUAGGUAAGUACUGGAGUGGGUCAUGUACAGUGCCAUCCUUGGGGGCUGUUUACCAGGGAAAUUCAUGUGUUUUUGCUAAAGGUUUGGCACAACCUCCUCUAUGUUAAAGCAACAUUUUCCCACCAGAAAGGUAUCGCUGUCCCAACCCCUUUAGGCAUUUGUACAGUGUAUGCUGUGUUUCAGCAGCUAAAACAGCAAAUAAUUAAUCUUUUUAGGAAAUCCUUACACUGCACUUUAAUGUGAAAAACAAAAUGCGCAGACACAGUCAAACCUCAAAGUGUGACUGCCUCCUGCUUAUGGGAACAACUUGCAAAAGCAACAACUUUUCAUUGUUUCAAGCUGCUGCGUUGUUCAAACCACAAAGCUGUUACUCAGCUGCUACACUGUACAUGAUAAUGAAAAAUAUUGCAUGAUGACUUGCUCAUGCAGGUGGUAAGACAGGCAGCAUUGAUUCUCAACAGUAUUUCAUGAAAUGUUGCAGAAAUUUGUUACGUAUACACCUCCCAUCUAGUUUUACCAAUAAACUGGGGCUUAUUUCUCGUAUUAUUAUUACCUGUCAUGGUGUGGACCUGUAAUUCUCUGCCAUGCUCCAAGAGUUUAAAUUUCGUGAUUUUUUUCUGUUGUCAAUUAAUUCCUUCCUUCAGGUAAAUCAGCAAUAAGAGAGAUCAUGGUUUUCAGUUAACAUGCAUAACUCUGUCACUGCAGUGACCUUCUCAACAUUUUAUUUAUUUAUUUAUUUAUUUAUUAUUUUCCCACAAUAAAGAUUACACAAGCAUUACAUUAUACAAAGAUGUGGCGAGGGGACCUCAGAAAACCACAAGGCUUGUACGAGGAGGCCCCCUCGUUACAAUAAUAUUAAGCAAUAGAACUAUAACAACACACAACAACGGACAGUACAAGACGCAUUAUCGAUAUAGUAGAAAAUCAAAAACUUUCGUUUUAAACGAUUGCAAUGUAAAAAUCGAAGUGACUGAGUUUGGUAAAGAAUUCCAAAUUUUAGGGCCUUGGAACAAAAUAGAAAAUUGUUUGGUGUUAGUUCGGCAGGCAUGAGAACGGAAAUGCGAGGAACUUCUAGUAUUAUAAUUAUGAAUAUUGCUACUAGUAACAAAAAGGUUCGAAAAAAGCGGUGGCAGUAAUUGAUGAUAAUAUGAAAACAAUUAACACGAGAAAGAGAGAGCCGAAAAUUGCUCUUAUUUCUUUCUGAAAAAUCUCUUUUAGUGAGAUAUUUAGUUUGGCUAUUUUUCGACGCUAUUUCUGUCUCAUCCACUUCAUCUCAUCCACUUCAUAAACAUUUACAUAAACAUUUACUGUCAUGUGCUCCCUGUGAAUUGUUUUAUUUUAACAACAUAAUGAGGAGUAUCACAGUUUUAAUGUAUAAACACAACUUGAAACCAGCCGCAUUUUAAAUAUAUGAUAAGACUUAUCAACAAGUUUUUAUUAGUAAUAUUAUUAUUGAAGCCGCUUGUAACUCAAACUUUGCUUUCUUUGAUUUGCAGGUGUCGACUUCAAAGUUAAAACACUUACUAUUGAUGGCAACAAGGCAAAACUCGCUAUUUGGGUAAAUACUUCAUUCCUACAGUGUGUAUUUUGGCUGCCAGAUAAUUUAAAUUAUUAAAAACUGAAUCAUUGGAUAAGCCUUUAUACCAUGCUCUCUAGACGGUAACUGUACGCAUUUGCACAAAAUUCAAAACAAGCUGAAAAUCGGCUGUUUUUUACAAAUAAAGUCGGGAAGAAUUCUCGAUAUUUUGUGGGCGUUUUUGAUAAAACAAUUAUUCCACUCACGCUUGUUGGAUAUGAGAUGAUUAUAGCCAACUCGGCGCUCAAGACUCGUCAGGCCAUCUGAUAGGGUGUGAUAAAAAAUCAGAAAUCGUGCGAUAUUUUUAGGGUAGAUUGUGUGAUAAGAUAGGACUAUUAUGUGAUAAAUUGUGUGAUUUUUUCAGGGCUAAUUUACAUUGUUUUACCAGGUUUCAAAGGAGAAAAACCACUUAAAUGUGGUUUAACAGGCAAUUUUAAUGUAAAGGAUAAUAAAACAUCUAUUUUACAACAAAAUAGUUAAAUUUGUUCGAUUAUUUUGACCUGGAAAAGAAAAAGGACACUUGAUUAAUAUUACAUGACACCGUUACACCGCUGACCACACAGCUUGUCUCUGAAAUGAAAAUGGCUGGCCAGCUACCACGAUAAGGUUUCAGAUGCCUUGCAAGGCUUUCUUUAGUGGUAAAUCACCUUAACUAACAUUAAGAUAAUGGGAAAAUGUUUAAUUAAAGUUAGAAUUCAUUGUUUACUUUCCUUGAAUUUAGCAUUUUUUUGCGAAUUAUGCGAUUUUCCUCAAAUUUUGCGAUCGGAUGCAAUUUGAGAUCAAUUGUGCGAAAUCGUACCAUCGCGUAAUAUCAGAUGGCCUGCCUCGUUGGCUAUCUCGUGGGAUAAUUGAUAAUUAUUGUAUGCAGGAUAAACCAUUUUACCCUCACAGCUGGUGCAAUAUUGAGUGAUGCAUUAUUUAAGUCAUAUUAAAUGGGAUGAUUACCGGCCUAAGGAAGUACAGGCGUUAAUAACAACAAGUCGGUGUUUUGGAACUCAAUCUAUUUACAGUGGAACCUCAAUAACGCAGUGCCAAGGGACUGGCAAAAUUUAUUCACUAUAACGAGGUUUUGUUAUAUCAAGGUACUUUUCCAUAUGUUUUACUAUUACUGAGGUAAGGAAAAUCAUUCAUUAUACCAAGGACUUCAUUAUAUAGUGGUUUGUUUUAUCGAGGUUCCACUGUAAUUAGAUACAUACUUAGAGCAUGUUUGGUUUUGUAUUCUAUUAUAAAUUGUUUUUUUCUGUAAUAUUUUUUUCUCUUGUGCCCAUCUCAACUAGCACAGAAGCUAAUUUCUGGCAUAUUAAAUAGCGUUGUCCUUUUAUAAGAAAAGGAAGAUUUUAAAAAAAGCUUGUUUUUGUUGUUGUACCAUAGGAUACUGCAGGGCAGGAGCGCUUCCGAACAUUGACACCCAGUUAUUACAGAGGAGCACAAGGCGUUAUUUUAGGUAGUUACUUAACUCUAUAAUUUUCAUAAUAAUUAUAUCAUUGUGUAUUCUCUUGACAGCCUUUUGGUGAUCUCUUUAUUCACAAUCUCUAUACAUAACAUCAGACAUACACAGUACACAUCCAUAUAUUCUGAAUAAAUACAUGUACACUGUACCAAGAUUCUUUAUAAUAGACACUUGCACUAUGUAACUCUCACUAUGAAAACCUCUUUUCUCACACUACCAAACAUGUUUGCUCUAAGGGCCUGCUAAGUUAAAUGGCCCAGAAAGUAGCCACACACAGCACUUGUGGUAAAAUUGCAUCAGUGAUACAUUUUGGGUGCAUUCCUUUGGGAUGAUAAGGAUCAGGAUCAGUGAACUGAGAUCAUUCAGUUCAUGGUAGAUCAAAUGAACUGAUGAAUCCUUGUGCAGAGUGGAUUCAUUGGUUUAUUUGAUCUUCCAUGAUCUCAGCGAUCUCGGAUUCCUGACCCUGAUCCAGAUCAUCCUAAAGGAACGCAUCCUUUAAUUCAUGCAGUUUCCUUUGAUGGUGAUAGUAAUUUGAAGCAUAAUAUACGACAAAACACUGAUACUAACAGGAUAUUAUCUAUUCAAUUCAGGAAUUAACCUUCCUGGGAGGUAUCUGCUAUAGUGGGGGUUAAAACUUAAGUCCCAACAAUGACUAACAUCAAUUUUCUCCUAACCGUAUACAUACAUCAUCAGAAGAAAAGGCUAUAAGAAGUAAUAAAAUGAUCACCAAAGGGAAAAUUGUUUGGCCUUUUAUCAAAAUCUUUCAACUAGUUCUUUAAAGAAAUGUGUUGGGGAUUUGGAAAUUACAGUGUACGUAUGUACAGUGUAUGUGUGUGGAUAUUGGGGCUUAAAAGGUCAAGUUUUUUUAGUUUUUCAAUGGUUAAUUUUACCCCCACAGUCAUAUUUUAUUUAAUGGGAUGAUUCCCGGCCUAAGGAAGUACAGGCGUCAAUAGGGUGUGUACUAAAAGAUUUUUGUUCUAAAACUAUACAUAACUAUACUGUUAGUAGAGAAAGUUCGGUAGUUUAUUAAGAUGGCCUAGUUGAUGCUGAUUUGAACUUGAGUAGCUUUUGUAUGCUGCACUAUUUUGAAAAUUAUCUUACUACUCUGGUUACUUUCUUUUUAGUUUAUGACACAAGCAGCAGAGACACAUUUGAUAAACUGGAAGAAUGGCUAAAUGAAGUAGAAAUGUACUCAACAAAAAAGGACAUAAUAAAAAUGUUGGUUGGCAACAAAAUAGAUAAGGUAAUUUCAAUUCAUUGCAGCACUGGCUCUUUGAGCCCUUUAGAUCUGUAACAACAAGUAUUGUUUUGCAUGUGUGUCAGUAUCUCAAUUUUGAUUGGCUAAAACCACGCAGCUUAAUGUUGCUAGCACUUUUUUUCGCAAUAUCAUUCCUUAAGACACUAGUUUUACUACAUGUGCAUGUACAUGUGGAAGUUACUUAUACUUUUUGUACAUGUGGAAGUGAUGCCAUUUUGCAGAAAGUAGUUUUACAAUGCAAGAAACGUCUGUUUUACAGAGGCUCUCAACUCCGCCUGUGGAUACUAGUAGUUGUAGAUUCUGUGCAUGUUUUUGAAUUAGUCUGUGGGUAUCACAAAUUUGAUAGCAAGGCAUGGAUUUCAUGGUGGUGAUUACAUGUAACAAUAUUUAUGUUGCUGUUACAUUUUAGGAAGGCCGUGAGGUUGACAGGAAACAGGGUUUGCAGUUUGCUCGAAGACAUUCUAUGUUAUUUAUUGAAGCAAGGUGAGUAAACAAUGGUUGAUUGAUUGUAAAAGGCUUAAACAUUAUUGAUCGUAAAUUGCACAGCAUGGAACAAAAAAAAUUCGACUUCUCAAUCGCGCUUGCUCUAAAACCCACGACCUAACCAAGUUAUUAUUACAUUAAUAGUUGUGAUUUGUUUCAUUCAUGCAGUGCAAGAACAAAGGAAGGAGUGCAGCUUGCAUUUGAAGAACUGGUAGAAAAGGUAACUAUAUAACUUCAUUCUGGGAGUUUUCUUGUCUGUAAUUAUAUUACCAUCAUUAAACUUUUAGAGACCUUUAGAUUUUGAGGACGACCGUGAGAACGAGUGAACCAGCGUCAUUUUGGCGGGAAAAUGUGAUAGCCGUCGUCAUAGUUCUACUACGGGUUUAGCGAAGAUCUCGUAGUGACGAAAACAAGUUAUCAAAUGUUAGAAGUUUCAAUAUUUUGCGAUCGGGAGAUUGCUUAACCUCCUUCAAUAAAAAUAACCGUGCUAACUUCUCUGGUGAAGAAAAUUUUAAAAUGAGGCCUUCAGGGUGUCCAUUUUUUAAGAAUACGGGAAAAUUAAUUCAACAGUACAUUCAAGAGCAAGAAGUUUGCAUCGGACUAUUCAGUACAUACCAGUUUAAUAAGUUUGCAUGAUAUAAAUGGAGCUGACACAAAACAAAGGCAAGCACAAAAAAUUAUUGUUAAUUUAAACAACGCGAGUUGUUCUUGAUUUACUCUGAAACGGUAUUUUGCACUGUUUGUGUAAAUUCUCAACCCCAAAAGACCAAAAACCUGGAGAUCAAGGUCAAAAAACCACGAGGUUUGGUGAAAAAACCUGGAGAUUUUUCGACGGCAUCGAAAAGAACUAAAAACAGGGGUAGGGAACACAUAAAAACGGAAUUGGAUCGAUAAGAAUACGUUUAACAGGAUACGAACCUUCCUAUUCUGUUUUGAACUUUGUCUUCGCCCAACGAAUAUUCAUCGUUUCCCACGAUUUUGACAACGUGAACGAAACGUAUCUAGAUGCGACAAACUGGCAAUGAUAACCUUAUUUGGUAUGUGUCUUCUAAAUAUGGUUUUGAGGUCCGUAUCUUGUCAACAAGACGAUCAAAUAUGACAAAUACCGUAAAUGAUCUAAUAAACGCUCACUCUAAAAUAAACACCCCCUUAUCUAAAAAUAAACGCCCCUUAUCCUUUUAGAGCAUCCAAUCACCAAAUUGCGGACCAAAGGAGUUAAACUAGAUUUGCUUUUUAAGCUUUUAUAUCUGGAUUCAAAUUUCGCACUAACCUGGGGUUAUCUUUACCCCGCUUUGAACAACCCAGCUCAGGUUUCCAAAGACUAACCUCACUGUCAUUUCUUUGUACAGAUAAUUCAAACACCAGGUUUAUGGGAGAAAGAUGGUGCCACAGGUGGAGUAAAACUGACAGAAGCCGGUUCACAAGUCAUCUCAGGAUGCAGUGGAAUGUGUUCACUUUCAUGACUACUCUGACUCAGUUGAAAUGUUUUUAUCCUUGGACCUCAAAAGUAAUUUUGAAAAUUUUUCUUACUGGUAGUGAUAUAUUAGACUGUACAGUCGAAUCUCCCUGAACCACCCCCUGGGCCGGAUUAGAAAAAGGAUCCCCAUUGGGAAGGUGAACUCACGUUAAAAAUGCAUUGGUUGUAUUUCGCUAGGGCCAUGAAAGUUCUUAGUGAAUACUUGUUGCAAGAAAGACGUCAAUUAAAUAUUGAAGCAAUAGCCGUGAUUUUAUUCGACCCGUGAAAUAGGUAGUAGAAUACAACGAACUAUUAUGCGCUAGUUCUAUUGUCUUCGUUUGUUUAUUUUGCAGUAGUUGUUAUUAUCUGCUUCACGGUUCAAGUAUAAUCACUCUAUACUUAAAGAAGUUGAACUGUAUGUUUGUAACCUGCAUCAAGGGCAUAUUUUAUGACAUUCUCCAAGAGGGUGUACAUGUAAUUUUGGGCAGCAGUAAGAUUCAGUUAAACUGCCCGGGCACUCCUGCGACAUUUGUAAAAGCAAGAAGGUGUCCAAACAUUAAAGGGGGGAAACAGAAUUAGAAUUCAGUACUAGUUCAUCAAAAAUCGCGGUUAUUGCUGGUUGGUUUUAAAGGGUCUAUAUCCCAUUAUUUUCUACCUGUCUUUGUAUCAAUUGAAUUCAAAAAACAAUUGUCCAAUUUUUAUUUAAGACUAUAUUUAGGCAACGAAACUACAGGAGCAUUUUGUGUAUGCGGUGAAGGUACUAAGUAAUAACUUCAGCUAAGAAUUGACCUAAAACCGCAAUAUCCUCGUUACAUAGCCCCGUUAAGCCAGGGCUUCAAGGGCCGUUAUGGUUUGAACAAUAGCGAGCUUAAGCAAUGACGACGGCGACGUCAACGAGAACGGUAGAAACGUAAUAGGUUUAAUGAGCAAAACAACAACUCUGCGCGUGCAUCACGCUUUUUUGUACAUUUCUUUGCCGUCACCACACGACUACGACGUGAAAAUGGCUAAUUUCACGAUGUACAGAGGAAGUACACAAGCGACGACUAAAUUUCCUCUCUCUUUCUGAACUUGGAUAUGGUUCUUAGGAAUUCAACUUUAGGAGGGUUCGCCUACAUUUGACAAAGUUAGUGACUUGGACUAAUCGUGAUGAAGAUUGAAAGAACGCGAAAUCACUUUUUCAGCGACGUUUUCUCUGCCGUCGCCGUCCUCGGAUCUUAAGGUCCCUAUUAGGGAGCGACGGCGAUGUCAACGGGAACGGUUAGAAAGCAAUAGGUUGAGAUGGGCAAAACGUACGUUCCUUUGCCGUCACUGCACGACUACGACGUGAAAAUGCCUAAUUUCACGUUUUGUGAAGAACGUGAACAUAAGACGACAACUUUAUUUUUCUUUUCCUGAACGCCCAGAAAAAAUUGCCAACGUUUGACAGACUCAACGAGAUGGAAUAAGCACGAUAAAGUUUGAAGCAGCACGACUUCACUUUUCAAGUGACGUUUUCGUAGCCGUCGCCAUCGUUGUUGCCUAAGCACCCUACUCCUGUUCCCUAAAGUUCUCCAUUAAAUACCCUGUAUAUUCGGCUUAACCAGAGGCAAACUGUCGAUGUCAGGCAGCCUGAACUCACGAGGUUCCGAAAAGAUUACCCAAAGAAUCCCUGCAAAUGCCCACCAUUAGUUUGAAGCAUGAAAAGUCUAGUUACUUGAGGAAAUUAAAAUAAUCUUCAGAAGCUCGGGUACUUUGGAGUUGAGAGCAAUGUUUCGAGUGGUUGGCCUUUUUUGAUCUUUUUUGUACUUCUUUGUGACUGAUCGACGAAAUAACUUUUCACCUACAUGGUUGUACGCCACGGUUUUUACGACAUAAUAAUCAAGGUGGAAGUACUCUUUUCUUAACAGUAGGAUUAAAAUAAAAUUUAGCCUGUUCAGCGCGAAAGGAGAAAGUUGCUUCCUUCCGCUCGUGCGUCCGCAAAUUUAUGACAUGGUAUGAUCAACUUUUACACUCGCUUGCAAAACUGAAAUAAAUAAAACUGUCGCUAGACCUGUCCGUAGGGAAAUGCGGUAUGAAUUAUAGCCUAUUCCAACUUGGCAAGACCUUUUGUAAAUUUACACCGUCAAUCA